GUUUGUUCGUUGUUUAAGUGGUUUUUGAUUUCAGGUUUUUGUCCGAGGCACGUGAUGAAGUCACGUGCGUCAAACAUUCGAAUAUUUUGUCCUAGAAAUCUGGGAAACCAGUGUGCGCGUGUAGUGUAGCGCUGACAUAAACGGAUUGCCAGUAGAACGUUCAACCUAUUAAAGUUCCCUAUACACGGACCACAGUGAUGUCAUCCCCUGCUUGAAUGGUAUCGCUUGUUCCUUGGUCGGAACAACAUUUGGCGUUUCGUGAUACAAUAAUGAAGUCUAAAAUAUACUAUUUCGAGAAUUAUAUGCGAGCGACAAUGACGCCAGGAUUUUAUUAUCCAUAUUCGCCGAUCAAUUACUGCAGCCUGUCGAUGGCAUGUGUCCACGAUUCCAGACCGGUGUGCGCCACCUCGCCCGAUGGCUGCAGUCGCCGCAAGUUUCUUGACCAAUGCGAUAUGUUCGAGUACAAUUGUGACUAUAACGCACAUUACGAAAUGAUCGAAUGUGAAAGUCCAAACAAUUCGGAGAACGUGAAAUCUUGUACUCCAGAUGUUUCAAAGCUGCAUACAACAGCGAUGAAAGAUUAUUAUUAUUCUAUUUAUAAAGUUAAAGAUACAUUUGUCACAAAAGAAGACUUAGUUGUAUCUGAAGCACCUGAUAAUGUUGAAAUAUUAAAAGAUUUGACUUCUGAAGAGCAAAUACAAGAGAGUACAUUGCAAGAAAGUACUUGUAAAACAAAUUGUAAAAGACCACGAACAUGGGCAACAACUGUCAAAGGAGAAACGAGAGAUUUCUUUCGAAUUUUGCAAAACAGUCAAGAUAAGAAACGUAUUUAAUUUAAAUGUACAAUUACCUUUUGUUCGCUAAUUUUU